AUGUAAUAAAAUAUGUUUUCAUAGUUUGUGUUGUCCCUUAUCAGUGCAAAAUUAUCACAAAUUAAAACGAUUCAUGCCAAUAUUGUCCAAAACCCCACUUUUCUAGGGCGUUUAUAUUAUUGAAUACAUUGGUAUGCUCAUGUCUAAAACAUGGUAAUGUCAUGGUAUAUUAAAUGCUUGUUUCGUGUACUGAAACCGUUUUGUUUGAAAAUGUCUUUACCUUCAGGAUUCAUUCAUAGAGCCAUGCAGAGGAUGAGCUUAAAGACCUUCUUCACUGACAUUGAUUGUAAUGGAUUCUGAGUAAAUAUUCCACUUCAUCCAGGGAUACUUGUGUCCUACAGUAACUUGUUAAUGUACCGAGUGUGAACCUUUUACAAACGAUUCAGUUCGUGAGUGAGCUGCUAUCCGAAUGAUUCAGACUGAAUCGCCAACCGAAUCAGACCAUUUUGCUAUUCAAAAAGAACCGACUCAAUUUAGUGUUUCGUUCGCUAGUUUUGAUAUACGUAUGUCAGAAAAUACGCGAUACACGACACCACUGGUGAAAUAUUGUAAGUGACAGUGUUUCUCAUUCAGUAUACGCUAAUAUUUAUCGUCAAACAAGGAUAUUUCCGUAAAAUUUUACCGGGGUACAGUCGGAUUUUCCUGAGGCGCUCAACAGUCCAAAGUUCAGUUGGACGGCCGACAGUGACUGACAGCUACACUUUCAAGCCCCGCCCAUUUAGCUGAAACAGAAAAUAUGAUUGGUUAGGAAAUAUGCCGCGCGGCUGAAAUGAAAGUUCUGAUUGGUUUUUGAGUAUUUAAAACUUGUCUAUUCUGCCCGUUCGGUUCUGAUAUGUGUAUACUAAACUCACUGAACAUUGAAAAUUCUGUUUCAAAACUGAGAUCUUCCAAAUUACAUUAGUUACAUUACUCAUUAAGUGGACACACGACGAAAUAUGUCUGUAGCUGAGAAAUCACGCGAGCAAUAUCAAAAGUGAAACUUUCACUUUACAAAGUGAAAGCAACAAGAUUCAACUUCACUGUCGUUAAAUGAAACGAUUGUACUUUUGAAUAAUGAAACUAAACUGGACAGAACCAAAAUGGCUCUUCACACUGAUUCUUGCAUUUCACAUCACAUCUAUACAGGUUGAAGCUUCUCAUGAUGAUGAUGAUGUGAGAAUCCUGAUUGUGGGAAUCCGAGGUGACUCCAGAUUCAGCGCUGCAGAUAUUCUGUCAGGAAGGACAGACGGUGGACAGGAGGACAGAGAGAUUGUAAAGACUCCAGUAAUUACAGACGAGGGUCGUAGAAUGAUGCUGGUCACUGGACCAAACCUCUGUGAGGAGGACACAGCGAGACAGAGCUUCACAACAGCACUGUUCCUCUCGUCUCCUGGACCUCACGCCGUUUUAAUGGUCCUGAAUCUGGAAGAUGAAGAAUCAGAACAGUGUGAUGUUGUGAAACGAGCCCAGGAGCUGCUGGGAGCAGAAGUUCUGCAGUACUGCAUUGUUCUUCUGCACCAGGAACGUUUCACAGGAGCGUCCAGAGGGAUCGCUGGAGAAAUGAUCGACGCAUGUGGAGGCAGAUUUCACAUGAUAAGAGACUCUGAAACCUGAUCAAACAGCAGCUCUCGUAGCGGAAAUAGACAAGCUAGUUCAUCUCAAUGGAGAUGGAUUUUACUCAGUAUUGAGACAAGAGUUAAAAACAGAAGAGACGAGUCAAGAUGUGCAUCAAGAGAAUCAGCUCUUGUCUGUAAUAUAUGAUGCAGCUGGAAUUGUAGGAUGGAUUUUCCUCAUUUCACUAAACGCUCUUGUUGUUUACCCUGAAGGAAGGGACAAAAUCUUGAUUUUGGGGGCAAAAUUUGCAGCACUUGUAUUGUUUAUGACCUUUCUAAGACAUGUUCUCAGUCCAGAUGUUGCUGUACCGACAGAUUUGGCUUUGAUAACAUCACUAGCAACUGUACUUACAAUAGACGGUAGAGUAAUCGAAGAUUUUAAGUUUAGCAGAAGUAGCAGCAGUUCAAACAGAAAUAUCUUAGGAGAUGUCAUAGUAAAUAUUUUCAUCUAUCUAGUACUUGUUUACGUAGAAUUUAUGUCUUUAUCAUUUCUUCUGGGUUCAUCUCUGGUCUUGGGAACACUUAUCAGCAUCAGGUCGUGGUCAGAUGUGCUCAUAGCGUGUCACGCGGCCCCUGGAGUCACAGUCGGGGCUUAUGCUUUCAUAUUUCAACAUGAAAAGAUUAGUCGUGAUUCUCCAGUCUUUGUGCUCGGGUCAUUUCUGUGUUGCAUCAUUGGGGCGACACUCUCAAUGGGGUUUGUGACUGUGUUUGCUCUGCUUGAUGUGAAGAUGACAAUAAUAUCAGGACUUACAAUGGCAUAUUGGCAUUUAAAGAGUGAAACUUUAGGGAAUGUGAUCGGUUUAACUGUUCUUACACUGUUUUUUUCAUGUGGUUGUGUUCUCAUUGGUUCAGUCUUUCUUAUUUUAGGGCUGAUGAUGAGUUUUCUCAACGUAAUUACACAAAGCUUAGUCAGUUCUUUCUUAUUUUAUGUAGCACUAUCUUUAGGAUCAUUAAUAGUAAUUCAGAGAAGAAACAGCAACAACAACACCAGAUGACAGUAUAUAGUCUGUAUGUUUGUGUUUAUAUAAUAUACACUGCCCUCCAAAAGUUUGGAAACACCCCUGGCAAAAUGUGGUUUUGGACGA